GAUGACAUUUACUUUCUCCGACGUGCAGUAAGAAAUGUUCUCGCGUCACUGGCAGAAACAAAAUGAAACAAAAUGACAGUUUGUCGAAUGUGUUCGAUAUUUCUUUGGAUUCAGAUGAUAUCCAGAUGUCGGACAUGAAAGACACUUUGAAAAAUAAAAACAUUUACGACGUGUCUGGUUUGUUCUCGAAUUCAAGACCCACUUCACCCUCUUUAUACAGCGAAAAGGACGAAGAUAUAAUUGAAAUAAAUAAUGUUGAAAGUAAUUUUAACUCAGAUAAUGAUAAAUCAAAAUCAGGUGCGUCAUCCAUCAACACAAAAAAUGGAAAAUCAAGUGCCGUGACUGACAAUCGAGCCAAAGAGAUUUCUUGUUGUCAUGAACUAAGUUUAUUGUCACACAAUAUGGCAGAAAGCCAUAGCUACUUGAAUGACUCGAUGGGGGAAUCCGCUGGAAUAAGGGAUUGUGUUGAGACAAUAAAUAAUGAUGAUCAAUCUAUUGACUGCUAUGAUGAUGGUGGAUUUAAUUGUGAUUUAAAUGAAUUUGUUAUGCAUGAGACAAAUACUUCUCCCAGAGAACAAUGGAAAGACUUGAAAACAUCUGCUCAAAGUAGUGAUAAUCUUGGAGCAAUGUCGACUGACGAAGAUGUAAACAUUGACCAUGGAGAGAAGACACCUCCUCAAAAUAGAUUUAUUCUUGAAGCGGAGUCGACUGAUAAAGAAGCCGUUUUAAAAGAAAGGAAAACAUUGGGGGCUUCUAAAAAUGAUUUCUUUGUCAGACAUUCGAGCAAAGUGACUGGAGAGGAUAAUUUACGUACACCAUGCACGCCAAUGCUUGAUUAUUCCAACAUGGCAACACCUGAUUUGAAGGUUGAAUUAAAGCAAUAUGGAGUCAGGCCGUUGGCAAAACGCAAAAUGGUCGUAAAACUAAAAGAAAUAUAUAAUUACACGCAUAAAGAUAAAGUUGCUGCUGAAUCUGGGUGUUUAAUUGACCGGGACAAUACGCCUGUUAGUCCGGAGAAAGAUGCCUUUGGAAGCUAUGACAACCAAGGGGAAGUUGAAGCUUUUUCUCAGCCAGAUAGCAACAAUGCAUCAGACAGCCUUAGCAAUAGCGAUAAUGUUGUGUCAGAACAGGAUGAAGAUUCCGAUGAAUCGGGAAGACUGUCUCAGUUGAAACUGUAAUUCGCCCUGAGUGUUGCUGCUCAAACGAGAUUGCAAACCGAACAAAAGUGCUCGAAAUAAGCUGUUUUCGAGUGUUGUAUGGAGUGCUGAGUAAAGC